GAAAAUUUAUAUUUUAUUUUCAGAAAUCUUGGAAUCAUGAAAUUAUUAAUUACCUUCGUAAUAGUCUUAACUUUUUCGUCAUUAAUUAUAUAUGGAAACGUUAUUCCAAAUGAUUACGAUAUAUCUAUGAAUGCAUCAGAUAUCUGUGCAAAUAAAACUUUGAUACUAAGAUUUCCUUCUUUAAUAACAAUAGAUAAAUAUUUUAUUGCUUCUCCUGCUGUAAGAUGUAUUGAUAUAAAAGGCAUUGUUAUGAUUAAAGAAGAAACCUUUGAUAACAUGCCAAAUUUAAAAUAUCUUGAUCUCCGAGAAAAUAAUAUUUAUCCAGCAAACUUUUUUUCUUUUAAUCUUUCAAAUGUGGAAAUAUUACGUUUCGGUUAUCAAAAAAAAAUUUCAAAUUCGAUAGAAGAUAGAAAAAUAAUAAUAAAAAAUGUAUAUCCUGAACUUCGAUAUUUGGAUUUAGAAUAUGCAAAUAUCUAUACAUUAAAUAGUGAAUUGUAUAAUCCAUUCCCAAAAUUGACACAUUUAUAUAUUUCAGGGAAUAUGAUUCAGCAAAGUUCCCUGCAUAAUAUUUUAUCUAACACGUUAAUGUAUCUUAAUUUAAGCAAUAAUGGAAUUUCCGAAUUCUUAUUCGAAGGAUUAAAUAAUCUAUUGUCGUUAACCUUAGAUAAUAAUAAAAUCAGGAGAAUGGGAAAUGAUAUUAAUUUGAAUGGAUUGUAUAUGUUGCAGAAUUUAUCAUUGGAGAACAAUCAAAUCAGUUUUUUCCACAAUAAUACAUUUCAAUAUGUGCCCAAUCUUCGAUAUUUAAAUCUUCGUAAUACUUCUUCGAUUUUUAAUUUCGAUAUAUUUCAAUCUUUGAAAUUUUUAGAGACUCUUAUAUUAGAUAAUAAUUCAUUCGAAAAUGUUCCGAUUUCAACACCUUUAUAUAUAACUACGCUCUCGUUAAAUUGUAAUAAAUUAAGAUACCUAACGUAUAGCUCUUUCAUCAAUAUGCCGAAUUUAAGAAAAUUACACAUAAGCAGGAAUAUGAUUUCAAGUAUCAAUGUGGACACAUUUGAAACUCAAAAGCUGUUGGAGGAGUUAUAUCUUGAUGAUAAUUAUUUAAGUUUUUUGCCAAGAAAUUGGUGUGAAUUUAUGAAGGAGCUUCGAUAUUUAAAUCUAUCGGGGAAUAAAUUCACUUCUUUAGAAAUGGUGAUUUAUAGUUCUACUUUGCCUAUACAACAAUUAUAUUUGGAACGCAAUCCUAUUCAAUCUAUUAAUAUGUCAAGUAUAUUGAAAAUAGUACCAAAAACUAUGACAAUUUAUUUAAAGAUUGGUUCAGAAGCUAACAGAUCAUCAUGCAUAUCUUCUAUGUCAACCGAAACGAAUACAAAUUUAUUAUUAACUGAAUAUUAAACUUCUGAGUAUUCAACUCCAUCAUGGCAGUCAUCAAUUAGAUGGUAAUCUCGAU